AUGGGAGAAGGCUUUUUUCUGGUUACUGCGGUGCAAGGAACCAUAAGCAGCAGAGUCUCCCGCGAGACCCUGUAUGAGGCAGUGUGGGAAGUCCUGCACGGGAACCCGCACAAGUGCCGGAAGUUUUCAGAGAUGGUGGAGCUGCAGAUCAGCCUGAGGAACAAUGACCCUUAUAAGGACAAAUGCUUCUUGGGCACCGUCAGGCUUAAGUCCACUCCCCGCCCCAAGUUUUCCGUAUGUGUUUUGAGGGACCAACAGCACUGUGAUGAGUCCAAGGCUGUGGAUAUUCCCCACAUGGAUAUUGAGGUGCUGAAGAAACUCAACAAGAAUAAAAAAUUAGUCAAGAAGCUGGGCAAGAAGUAUGAUGCCUUUUUGGCUUCAGAAUCUCUGAUCAAGCAGAUCCCAUGAAUCCUGGGCCCAUGACUGAAUAAGGCUGGCAGGUUCCCUCUCUUGCUGACCCACAAUGAGAACAUGGUGGCCAAAGUGGAUGAAGUGAAGUCCACAAUCAAAUUCCAGAUGAAGAAGGUGUUGUGUCUGGCGGUGAUGGUUGGCCACAUGAAGAUGACAAAUGAUGAGCUCAUGUACAACAUCCACUUAGCUGUCAAUUUCCUGGCAUCAUUGCUCAAGAAGAGUUGGCAGGACAUCCAGGCUUUAUACAUCAAGAGAACCAUGGGCAAGCCCCAGUGCCUGUACUAAGCACAGUUUAAUA